UGUGCGUUGAUACAUGCUUCGUCAGUCAUCUUUUUGUAUCACAGUACCAAUACCAACACUUGCUUCGGGUCUCCGAGGCUAUAAAUUUGGCCGCGAGUAGAACGUUUGUAUUUUACCUCGUGUCCGAAUGUAAUUUCUCAUUUCGUUAAUACGUGAAGAUAUUAAUUAUUGAAGACCAGCUAUUGAGAAUUUAGAAAAAAGAAUGGAUAGUCCAUUGCCACAUAUUAUGGAAAGUGUGGAUUGUGAUGGUUCAACAAAACCGAAAGACAGGUUAGUCAGACUUCUUGAUCAAAUCGAAGUGCAUGUAGAACAACUGAGGAAAGAUGCCUGGAGACUCGAAGAAGAGAAAGAUACACUCCUGACCACCUUAGACACACUUAGAAACGAUGAAGUUCUAAGUGGACUAGGGGAAACUGACAAGGAUGAUGUACUAAGAUAUGCUGAAAGAUUGUCUAUGCGAUGUUUAACAGUAGAUGUAUUAGUUAAAAUUCAACGUGAUCAGAUUCAAGAGGAAGCGCUACAUCAGGUAAAUGGUUUGAUCGAUAGUCUAGUUGUUGGUCUUCGUGAUGAUCCAGUUGGAACUAGACUUCGAUGUGCAUCUUUUAUGAAUGCUUGUUCCUCACAAAGUGUUGGUAAUUCUGAUAAAAACUUUGAAACAGCUAUUCUUGGAUGUACUAUGGAUGACCAAAAACGAAUAAAGAAAAGACUACAGGGACUAUUAGAUUAUAUUGACAAAAUGCAUACAAUUCAAUUGUUGUGAAAUUUGAAAUGAUUGAUUUUGAAAGGAAUUAGAUAAGUUACUCUUCAAAUAAGUAAUUAGUUUAUACUAAUUAAUCUGAAAGGAGAUUUGAAAAAAAGUAAAAGUUGAUCAAAGCGGGUACUUAAUAAUUCAGUGGUAAUGCCUAUAGUAAAUGUAGAAAAGUAAAUAAUAUGGAUUAUUUCCUCUACAUGUACUAUUUCCAUGUCUUACCAUUUGUUUAAGCAAGCUUUUAUGCACAUUACAUUUGUAUAUGCCCAAUAAUUAUAGUGGGAAGUAAUCAUAAAAUUAUUGU